ACACGGCCGCCCUCCGUCACAAAGAGAUCUACCAGCUUCAACACACUGAUCGGUUAAUAACGACACGAUGAACGAGGGCUGCACUGCCACCGUAUUGGAGCACGAGCUGGCUGCCUUCGCGCUGCCCGCCGGCCUGGACUGCCCACCGCAGCCGCGCAUUGACUUCCGCCUGGACGCCGGCCUCGAUGCGUUAGAUGUUGAACUUAGCGCGGCUGUGUUGGUUGGAGUCGAGCCAGCGUACGGCUGCGCGCCAGCCACGCCUAGCUACAAUAGCACCGGCAGCAGCCACAGCAGCAGCACAACGCCAAGCAGAAAGCUCAAUGAUAGCAGAAACAGCCUCAUGUCCGUGUCCCCCAAGCCGCAUCGGCACCACUCCAAAAAGGCCUCGCGCAAGCAAGUGCACGAGCUGCAGGCCAUGGUCAACGUCAUGCAGGCGCAGGUGGACAGCGCAGCCGCCGAGAUCCAGCAACUCGCGCAGCUCGUGGGUCAGUUCGCGGAACAGCGCGAACAGGAAAAGGAGGAAUACGAGCGCGUCCGGAGGCGAGAACAGCAGCUCUUCGCGGAGCACGAGAUGGACAUGGACCUGGACGUGCAACAGCGACACCUGCGAGCGCAAGUCCAGCGCGACCGAGAGCAGUUUGAGCGCGAGCAGCUUCAGCAGCAGUGCUUCGAUUGCCCAUCGGCUCCACCACCACCCGAACAGGAAACAUUUCGGUUCUAAAAUCCUCCUAUGAACCCAUGCCCGUCGUUUCCGCCAUCUCUCAACGCUGAUACUGCAUUCAACCAAACAACGAAGUAUGCGGUGCGGUCGAGCCUCGUCACGUGGGUUUACUGCCAGUACUAUUUCAACUGCGACUUGAUGUUGGUAGUACUUGCGACAAGAUUUUGCUCUCAAAGUGAUGGUGCGAGUCCGUGAUCGAGUGUCAGUACGCUGGAGAACUAUUGGUAUUAGUGCCAACGACUUUACCAGCCUUUAUCAUGGGCUGCACGUACUUGAUAUGAUUGAAAAUUACCCGAAAUGUAGCUCCAUUCAGUGAGAAUUAUCCUGAAUGCAGUUCGAACACAAGCAAAUUGAAAGCCACAGAAGUUAAUGUGAACGUCGUUUUAGUUGCUGUGCUAUUUGUUCACUGCAUCGUAAAAAAAAAAAAAGAAUAUAAAUGUCUUACUCCC